AUGGAUCUGCUCUCGACAGUACGAAAGUCAGGCUCCCGCGGUGGUGUCAACUUCAGCUGGGAUGAAGUCGCCAACUCGACCCAUCGCGAGAACUACCUCGGCCACAGUCUCAAGGCCCCCGUCGGGCGAUGGCAGCAGGGUCGUGACCUGAACUGGUACGCCAACUCGGAAUCCACAGCACCCAAGACAGACGAGACAGAUGCGGAGCGUGCCGAGAGAGAACGAAAGGAGGAGCUCCGCAAGGUGAAAGAGGCGGAAGAGGAUGCAAUGGCGCAGGCACUUGGGUUGCCUCCACCUAAAAGAGAUACGACGGGAGCCAACUCGGUCGAGAUCGUUCACGAAGGCAUGAGGAUCCUGAAAGGAGGCGCCAUCGGAGCAGAGACGGACGCCGACAUAGAGAUAGGAGCAGAGAGAAGCGGCACAGAGACCAUGAUGGGGAAAGACGGCAUAGAGAUAGGAGCGGGGAGAGACAGCACGGGGACCGAGGCGGAGAGAGGCGGUACAGAGAUCACGACGGAGAGAGGCGGCACAGAGAUCGUGAUGGCGAGAGGCGGCAUAGAGAUAUAA